AUGUCAAAUCCUAACUGCUAUCAAGGGAGCAUCGUGAGACCUCCUAUUCAAGCCAGUAAUUUUGAAAUUAAGCCUGCCUUGUUACAAGUCAUUCAACAAAAUCAAUUUGGAGGUGCAAUUUCAGAAGAUCCUAAUUCUCACCUGGAGAAUUUUCUGGAAAUCUGUGAUACCUUGAAGAUUAAAGGAGUCUCAGAUGAUGCAAUUCGUUUGAGGCUUUUUCCCUUUUCUCUACGGGAUAAAGCUAAAAACUGGCUUCAAUCACAACCUCAAGGAAGUAUUUCUACAUGGGAGGAGAUGGCUACAAAAUUCGUAACAAAAUACUUUCCUCCUUCCAAGUCAGUGAAAAUGAGAAAUGAGAUCACUACCGUUGUGCAGCAAGAAACUGAAUCCUUAUAUGAGGCAUGGGAAAUAUAUAAGGAGCUUAUGAGGAAAUGUCCACAUCAUGCUCUACUAGAAUGGUUGCAAGUGCAGAUUUUCUAUAAUGGUCUUUCACCCUCUUUUAAGGCAAUUUUGGAUGUAGCAAGUGGAGGACCAUUUAAUCUGAAAACACCAGAGGAAGCUUUGGAGACUCUUGAAUUAAUGGCAAACAACACAGUGAAUAUGCAGUUUGACCGUCAAAAUAGAAAAGUUGGAGUGUUGGAGGUUAAUACUUUGGAUGUUAUCUUAGCCCAAAACAAGUUGUUAACACAGCAGAUUACUGAUUUGACUCAGAAGCUGGGAAAUAUGCAAGCAAAUAAUGUGAAUACAAGAUCUCCAGGGUGUGAUUUUUGUGGAGGAAUGCAUCAGAAUGGUGAAUGCCAGGCCACUCACCAAGAGGCACAAGUCAAUGCAAUGGGACAACAACAAAAUCAGUUUUCUACCAACUUUAAUGCAAAUUGGAGACCCCAACAAAUGAGACCUUGGAGUAAUCCAAUCCAAUCUAACCCACCAAGGCCUCCAUAUCAAUAUCAAGCGCAACCCAGUAAUCAAGGAAACAAGAUGUCUACGUUGGAAAAUGCAUUAGAGAAGCUAACGAUGCAAACUUCUACCUUUGUGGACCAGACUUCUAAUUUCAUGAAUGAGACAAGGACCAACUUCAAGAACCAAGAAGCUUCAAUCAGAAAUUUGGAGAACCAGAUUGGUCAGCUUUCAAGACAACUCUCGAAGAGAUCUCCUGGCACAUUCCCUAGUGACACUAUAAAAAACCCAAGGGAACAAUGCAAGGCAAUUCAAUUGAGGAGUGGAAGAGUGUUGAAGAAGCAAGAACAAGCCAAGNAAUUUGCAAGAUUUCUUGAUGUGUUUAAGAAGCUCCACAUUAAUAUUCCAUUUGCUGAAGCAUUGGAGCAAAUGCCAAGUUAUGCUAAAUUCAUGAAAGACUUGCUGUCAAAGAAAAGGAAGCUUCAAGAAGAUGAAACAAUUAUGCUCACAGAGGAGUGCAGUGCAAUAAUUCAACACAAAUUGCCUCCAAAGUUGAAAGACCCAGGAAGCUUUGUCAUUCCAUGUGAGAUUGGAAAUAUAACUGUGGGUAAAGCAUUAUGUGACCUCGGAGCAAGUAUCAAUUUGAUGCCUUUGUCCAUUUUUAAAAGGUUGGGUAUUGGUGAAGUAAAGCCCACCAUGAUAAUUCUACAAUUGGCAGACCGGUCGAUGACUUAUCCUUAUGGAAUUGUGGAAGAUGUUCUAGUGAAGGUGGAUAAAUUUAUUUUCCUAGCUGAUUUUGUGGUUCUUGACAUGGAAGAAGAUGCUAAAGUCCCAAUCAUUUUGGGAAGACCAUUCUUAGCCACAGGAAGAGCAUCGAUAGAUGUAGAACAAGGAUAG